AUGGAGACCUUUCCUCUGCUGCUACUUGGACUGGGGUUGGUUCUUGAAGGAGUUUCAGAAAGCAUAAUGGAGGUAAUUAAAGAAGAAUUAACAGAGGAAGAGAUGAAAUAUGACAUGGCAAAAAGCAGCCAAGAAAACCAGACCACUGAGGUAGUAAUGAACUUGACCCUGUUAGAUAAAAAUACCUGCCUCAUCAUGUCCAAGAUUAUGUCUUACUCAUUCAGAAGGUUACAGUAUAGUGAUCCCAAGGGAAACAAUUCAAGUAAUAACAAAGAGAGCUGCAAUGACACGACGGUCUGUAGAAAAACUUCAGAAGCUAAUGGAUCUUGCAAAUGGAGCAAAAACUUCAUCCAUGGUGCCAUGGAAGUGAUGCACCAGGUCCACAAAGCCCCCAGCUGCAAGUCUGGACAGAAUCCUGGCAUAAGGUGCUGUGAGAGCCCAGAACUGGAGAAUACUAUGUGCCAGCUCACUACCAACAUACAAUUCCCCAGGUCCAAGUACCACAGGGUUACCUCAUUAAUAUUGCCAGUGCUGAUAGGGCAUUCUCUGAUGAGUUGGUUAGUUAGUAGUUCUAAAUUGUAA